AGUGCUCUUCAGCAAGACUGACUGAUGAAAGAAACCUCCUCCCUUCCAUAUUCACAAAAAUGAUAAUCCACACAAAUAACAGCUCCCAGAUGUUACAAACUGCAAUUCAUCCCAUAGUUUUCAAAAUUAAACUACCCCUAGUGGUAAGUAAUAUGUACACUAGGUCCACGAACGCGUGCGAUGACGUUCUCCUGUCAGAACUGCCUGCACAUCUUCCUCAACAUCACCGCUUCUGCCACAGACGCUAACCUAUUACAGCGCGCAUGUCAACUUCCGACAAGUGCGUACGAAGAACAGAACCUGCCAUCAGAAACCGAUCCUUCUUUUUCUUUUUUUCGGCAUCAACCAAGACCGGCAGCGGCGUCCCCUCCUGGCUAGCGUAAAACAAGGUCACCAUUCAUGCCGAUCGCCCCUCUCGUUCCCCUUCUGGCACAUUUCUUCCCUCUCCUCCGCUCGUGCAAACAGGCAGCCUGCCAAACAACACCAAAAAGCAGCUUCUGGAUGAGGAAGGAAGGAAAAGAGAUCCAGCGGCCAACAGUCACCCGCCGGCGAACGGUUACUGGGUUGUCGAAGCACAGACGAACUUGCGGAAUCGCCUGGUGACAGUUUGGAUUUCUUGUGCCUCGGAGUUCGUCUUUUGGGUUACGAAUCGUGACUCGUCGUCCGUGGACCCGAUGUGGAAGAGGUCGGCGUUUGGUUAACCCGGCCGGUGUGUGACUUCGCCAAGUGACCCGGUCCUGCUGGACUGCGCGCUUCGCUAACUCUUUCGGUGCAUCAUGGAGGCUCGUCCGGAUAGCGGUCAUCGCCCGCGCUCUGCGCUACACUGGGCAGUCCUCUGGACGGUCCUCGGCCUCCGAUGGUGCUCCGGUCAGAGCUGUGGGCCACGCGUCUCUGCGAGGUUUCUCCUGGACCUUCCAUGUGACAUGAGCCAUGACAACCUCUGCAACGUCCCCGGAAGCGCUUAUCCCUGGCACGCCGUGCGACGUUACAUCUUCGAAAACCAAGGGUUGAUGCGUCGUAUGUACGGCGAACAGCGUCACAGCCUCAUCGUCUCCAGCGAGAUCGAGGAGGCGAGACUGCGAUAUGACAAUUCCCUCUCUCUAGUCAGCCAUCGCUCAGCAGCUGGCCGAUCGGUGUCCAGAGUUCGGCCAAACAGUCGAUACGCUGCACGGCGAAAAACGCCCAGACCUUCUCCACAGCCCUCGUCUGCGGCGACGACGACGACCACGCCUUCUGAGAUCUCUACUUCACCGUCACCCUCUCUAGUCUUGACAACGGCUAGCGAAGACAGGAAGGCUACGACAACAACUCCUGCAUAUUCGGCGGGUCCACGUCCAGAUGAAGGUGAAACAGGACCAAAUAUAAACACAAGUGCAGAGCGCGAACCGACGACAACAUCAGGUUACGCCACAACCACAACAAUGCCUUCGAGCGAGGCAACCACGGCCGCUGACAAAGAAGACGGACCAUCGUAUGCCGCAGGCGUUCCCCUGACGCAAGAUCCCGGUCCUGCGGUUCAUGUGACAGAGCCCCCGUUCGAGCCUAAGCGAACGCCAGUUGUGGACAGCAAUCAUAUUGACAUGGUUGACGGAGACGCUCAUGUAGAAGUUGAGGAGGACGAAAUGGUUGCCGCCGAGGAUGCUAAGACGGAGAGUAGCACGGAAGGAGUUCCGCUUCGGAAAGGAAUGAAUGCCUGUCCAGUGAAGCAAGAAGUUCUAGCACCAUAUUGGGCAAACAAUACACGAGGAGAAGUGCUGGCACUGCUCAACGUGUACCCCUUCGAGCAAUACAUUCACGUCGAAAAAUGCGCGUUCGAGAACCACAAGAUGUUCUGCCGCGAGGGCUGUCGGUGUGAGCAACAAUACCGUCUUCAUCGGCUGCUGGCGUUCGACCCCCGUAACGAGUGCCGCGGAAUCUUCGCAGAUUGGUUUCGCUUCCCAUCAUGUUGCGUUUGUAUCUGCUACGACAUCGGAACUCCUUCCAUGUACAGGUCGGGCAGGCAGACUGUCGCCGAAAACCACCACUAGUGCCAGAAAAUAUUUAUGCGUUUUAAUAAAAGUUAGUUUCUUUUUA